GUCAUCAACCCGCGCUGAGCUGAGGUGGCGUUCGAGAGGAGGUUGUUUCCGGCUGCUUACCUUAAAAUCCUCUCGGCAGCUCGUCAUCAUGACCAAACUUCUGGAGUGGCUGUUCGGUGUGUCGGUGCUGGGUGCAGCCUGGGCUCUGGUCUCCUUCGACCUGUUGGACCUGAGUGUGCCGCAGACCUACAGAGAGGUGGCCUGGCCGAUGCCCCUCUACCUGCUGGUCUCAUUCGGCUGCUACUCGCUGGCCACGGUGGGAUACAGGGUGGCCACCUUCAAUGACUGCGAGGAGGCGGCGAAGGAGCUGCAGGAGCAGAUAAAAGAAGCAAAAGAGGACUUGAGGAAAAAGGGGUUAAAGAUGUAGAACUUGGACUAUGUAGGACAGACAGAAAAGGAUGCACGGACUGUUUUCUUCUGCACUUGUGAUGUUGGAGUUACACUAAAAACUUGUUUGGGAUGUUUGAAAUGUGUGAACUGACUGUUUUUGUUUCCAGCACACAUGAUGUGAGCGUCAGUCAUAAUGAGUGUUUGUUUUCAUAGGGUCAUGUCAUGUCUUUCAUAUUAAAUGUUGAUCAAAAGUGCUUCAGGAAAUUAGAAAUGAGCAGUCUGAUGAGUGACUUUGGGUUUACUCUUAAGUAGGGCUGCAGCUGUAUGAGAUUAUCAGCACAUUAACUGUCUCAGAAAAUAUUUUGGUUUUACGGUAUUACAGCAUUAUUAUCAGUUAGAAUAACUAUUAAAGGAAUGAAAAUAGAAGAGGUAGUUUUGAUUGUUUCAAAAAAUUAGGACCUGAAACCACUUUUCAGUGGAAGUAUGUGUAAGGAGUCUCCCUUUUGAAAAAGUAAAAUAAAAUAAAGGUGAGAUUCUCAGUCCAGUUGCAGUCUUUUUUCAGUAUCAUAUAUAAGCAAAUGUAUACAGUAUGAUAAUCGUCCACUUUAAGGUCAUGGUAUACCUUAAAACUGAAAUAUCGCUGCAGCCCUACUAAUAAGUGACAUCAAAUUGCACCUUGUAAAAAAUGUAAUUCUCUCCAUUUAAAAACUGCAUAACAUUUAACAACUUCUGAUUGUGCUCAAAUCAGUUUGUAGCAGGUGUUUUUUUUGAUAAACACAUCAAACCAGAUAAAAGAAGCUAAACUGAGAACGCAUAUGGUGCUGUCCUUGUUUUAAACUGAUUGAUGUUAACUUUGAACAUGGAAAACAAACAAACCAAAUAAGAUAAAAACAAAGAAAAUAAUAAAUGAGAUGGACGAUUGCCAAUACGAACUCGAUGAAUAGAUUCUCAUAUUAAAUAGAAAUUAAAUCUUACGUGUUCAAAAAGGAGGAAUCUGCAGUAUACACUGCUCAGAUAAAUCACCCUGAGAAUCACUGCUUUGUUUAACUAUCAUCUGUAACAAGUUGCAGAUUCACUGAAAUGCCAACAAACCAAAAGGUCACGCUGGAAAAAUCUUACUAAAGGCUGUUACCACUGAUGCUCCUAAUCUGUGUCCACUCCGAGAUACAACUACACAGCGUGGACCUUGUGUGUGUCUGGAGAUCGUUGCUUGUCUGCUUAGAUGGACUAGAUUUUAUCUGUAAAGAAAUUUACAUUCCAUUGUCCAAGUUCAGACUUGUGCCCCCGUGGCUAUUGCUGGAACUUAAUUAAAUUGCAGUCUAUUUUUCUUCAGUU